AUGGAAACAGUGGUGAAAGUGAAAAAGUCCUUCCGGAAGCCCAUGAGGAAGCUGGCGAGCUGCGUGCUGCAGCAGAAGAAGAAGAGCCUCUGCCCCGGACAUCGGGCGAGGAGCAGAGGCAGCAGGAGGAGGAAGGACCCUGUGAGAGCCACGCCCCCAUGCCCCUACCAGGCCGACCUCGACAAGGAGAGGAAACUAAGGGAAGUUAAGAACGCACAGAAGAACGCAGAGAGAGCGGCUUUAAGAGCCCACUUCAGGAGUAAAUACAAACUGUCAGAGGACCCUCAAGACUCGUAUCACCUGCGCUCACUCGGGGGCAAAGUGGCGCUGCCUCACAAACUCUCCAAGAUCAUUUAUCCUCAAUCUCAGACCAAGGACGAAGGCUUCAACCUGCUCAGCGCCUUCCAAGGCCUCAGCUUCGGCCCAGACGUGAUCCGAGCCAGCAGCGCAGAUGUCUGCAGAGUCAUGUGA